UUGUUUUUCCCAGUUUGUAUCUUUUUUUCUGUCCUUCUGUUCCAUAACUUCCUUCCAGAAUGCAGCGCUAAUGAGACCCUUAACAACUGUGGAAAUCUUUGCGAAGGAAAAUGUGCGAACCUGGGGAAGGGCCCUGUUCCUUGCCCAUUGAUAUGUGGGCCCCCGGCUUGUUCAUGCAAAAACGGAUUCCAUAGAAAUGCCAUGGGCGUUUGUGUAACAGCAAGGGAUUGUCCAUUAGUCUGCGGCGUUAAUGAAGAAAUUGGGCCGUGCGGCAAUCUCUGCGAGCCAGGUUGUGAGAACGCGUUUGGAGAGGUAGAGAUUCAUGAGCGAGCUAGCCUAGGUGAUAAAAAACAAAAAUUCAGUAAUCCGAAAGUGUGCAUAGAAAUUUGCAAUCCACCUGCAUGCAUAUGUAAAUCAAAUUUCUACAGAAAAGAUGGCAAGUGCGUUCCGAAGUCUGAAUGUCCUCAACCAAAAAAGGUCAACGGUAAUAAGUAUGGCGACGAAUUAAUUGCACUCUCAUUAUUGAGUAUUUACCGGGCAAGUUUGGUAAACAACCGUGUUCCAGCAGCGUCGAUAGGUAAAGCAUCAACGAAUACGAAAACUAAUCCGGACAGUUUCGUGAACCAGCCGCAACUUAAGUGCUCAGCCAACGAAACGCUCAUCCUAUGUGGAAACUUGUGCGAGGGUAAAUGCGAGAAUUUCGGAAAGGGUCCAGUUCCAUGCCUCGCCAUUUGUGAAUCGCCAGCUUGUGCUUGUAAAGAUGGCUUCUUCCGCAACAAAGAGGGCAAAUGUGUACCUGGAAUGGACUGCCCAUCUAACUGCAGACAAAAUGAAGUGAUAAAUCCAUGUGGAAGUCACUGUGAGCCAACUUGUGAAAAUGCUUUCGGAAAGCAUCGAUUUCUUACAUGCCUGCUUAGAAUAUCAAAUUCCAACCCAAGGCAAAAAUAUGCCCUCGCAUAUGCAAUCCACCUGCUUGCAUAUGCAAACCUCAUUAUUAUCGCAAAGACGGAAAAUGUGUUCCACAAUCGGAUUGCGCCAAAGGUCUGUGAUAAGGUCUGCCGUCCAGCCGCAUGCGUGUGCAAGCCCAGCUACUAUCGUAACAGCAAUGGAAUUUGUGUUCCACAGUCCGGAUGUGGCGUACAUGGAGGACCAACCAGUACUAGUCCUAAGGCAGUCUCAAGUGGAAGCAUGAGUGGUGGUGCCCAGACAUCCAAACUAAGUGAUCAGAAAAAAGAAAAGCCUCUAAAGUGCGGUAAAGACGAAGUUUUUGGUGCAUGUGGAAGUCUCUGCGAGCCAACUUGUGAGAAUGCCUUUGGAAAGGCAAAAAUAUGCCCUCGCAUAUGCAAUCCACCUGCUUGCAUAUGCAAACCUCAUUAUUAUCGCAAAGACGGAAAAUGUGUUCCACAAUCGGAUUGCGUACAAAGCGACAAGGUUGACCCUAGGAUGAGAAAUACGCAAGGUAAAACCAUCAUAGACAUAAUGGCCAUUUUUUUCAAAUGAGC